UUCCACUCCAGUUUCCACCAUUCCUUCUCAGUCACACACACUCCCUCCCUCUCUGUUUUUCUUUUUGUGUGAACUCAACUCAAUUCAACUCCACCCAUCCUCUCCUCUCUCUCACCUUCUCUUACACAACAACAUGUUGUAGCUAUAAUCAACACUUUCUAACAUAAAAAAAAACACAUAGAAUACAGAGAAAAGAGUAAGAUAGAAGAAGAUGCUACUUGGAAAACGUCCUCGGCCACCGACCAUGAGAAGAACCAGAAGCAUGAGCGGUGGUUUGUCCGUGGACAUGCAGUCACAUGAUAACCAGAUCACUACCAACACCGUGGAAUCACAUCAUGAAGAAGCAUCAGUCAUGUCUCUGCAACCGCACCAUGCGGUUGUGAUUAAAGGAACGGAAACUCACGGUGAAUUAGUGGAGAGUACAGUGAUGUUCCCUUCACACACAACCACAACCUUAACCACCACAAACACUAAAAAUAAUAUUAAUCAUAAUAAUGAUCCUGUGAGUGCGAGUGCACAUGUCAUAUACAGUACACCUCACUUUCUCCGAAUUUGUGGCCUCUGUAACUGUCCUUUGGCACCCACUCGAGACAUCUACAUGUACAGGGGAGAUACAGCAUUUUGCAGUUUGGAGUGCAGGGAGGAGCAAAUAAAACAAGACCGGAGAAAAGAAAAGUGGAAAGUUUCUGUUUCCAACAAAGAAGACCACCGUGUACCACCGCCGCGCACGGCCAAAGCUUCCACUGCGGCUUGUUCUUGAAGGUUGUUUUGCUUGCACAAUUGAAUAAUUACAAUAAGGAAUUAUUAUUUCGGUAGAAUAUUAGUAUUAAUUAAGAAUGAAAGAGUGUCACGCUUACCAUGUCUAAUGCGUGUGUUUGCACUUGCAACAAAGAAGGACCAUCCUAAAUUUGUCUUUUCAUAAUCAUCAUACUCCUCAUGGCGUUUUCAUUCUGGUCUAUGCUAGUGAUCGUUAUUAACAUAAUUCUGCUACAAGCUUUGUCAAGGAGUUGUUGCUGUAUUGUUAUUAUUAUAUAUCUAUUUCUACUUUACUAAUCUGAAAUCUAAAAUUUCUCAUA